GAACUUCCGGUCAGGCUCUUGCUAGCUCGAGUUAGCUUGACGCGUAUAAAUGACGUCUCCGUUAGCUCCCGGUAUAAACACUGGCUGACCGCGUCCUCCGGUAAUGAGCCGCUGUCAGGCCCCCGGGACGGAUGAACCGAGCGGUCCGGUGUCAACACGAACACGUCCGACAUAACCCGACCCGUCCCGCCGGUGUUAACGGGAGUUUUGCCGCUGUAAAGUGUUGUUGCCAGAGCUGCGCAGCUAGCGGUCCGGACGGGAGGACCGGGCGGGAGGACCGGGCGGUCUGCCACACACAUUAGCGGUCAGUCCCCCGCCGGUGGUCCGGAACCAGCCGUGGAUCUGCCCGCCUGUUUGUGUGGAUGUUACCGGGAAAAGAAGCGCCAUGGAGUUUCUCUGGAGCCUCUCCCGGUGCUCCGACACGGUGAGGUAACGGGACGGGACUGCCACACACACACACACACACACACACACACACACACACACACACACACACACGUGAGCAGCGCGCGCGCACACACACACGUGCGCACACACACACAGCAGCGACCUGUUGCCGGUCCCCGGUGACGCAGGCAGGAUGAGCGGAGCCGCCGCGCUGCUGCUGCCGCUGCUGCUGCUCAGCGGCCGGGCUGUGAACACCGCUGCCAGGUCCCUGAACGCACCGCAGGACGGAGGGGUUCUGUCUCUGGUCGGAACCGACAGCCGGGUCGCCACCGUGACAGGUGUGGACAGGCGGUGGCGCCCCCUGCUGGAGAAAACUCGACCCUUCAUCCUGGUGGACGGACAGAGGAGGAGCCUUACUGAAGCUCUACAGGACGGUCACCCCGACAAGCUGCAGGGAGGACUGGAGGUGGCAGGUCAACUCUUCCUGCUGGACCUGGAGAAGAACCACGACCUGCUGCCCAAACCGCCCAACGUCUUCUACUACCUGCCCAACGGCACCGGAGUGUCUGUGAGAGCCAACCCUGUGACUCACUGUUUUUACCACGGCAGCGUCCGAGGCUUCCCUCAGUCCAGAGUGGCUCUGAGCACCUGCUCCGGACUCCGCGGCGUCAUCGCCAUCAACUCCACCCUGAGCUACGAGCUGCAGCCGCAGGAGGACGACCGCCACCACCAGGCGGAGGAGGAGUCGGGAGGAGGGGGGAGUGGGGGGAGUGGAGGAGGAGGAGGAGCAGAUGAAGAGGAAGGACUCCACCUGCUGUUCUCCACCAGCCCUCUGGAGGGCGACGGUGCUGGAGGCUGCGGGGUGUCUCACACCACUGUCCCCCCCAUCCACAGCACCACACACACACACAGGAGGAGGAGAGACAUCCUGUCUGAGACCAAAUACAUCGAGCUGGUGCUGGUGGCGGACCACCAGGAGUUUCUGAAUUACCAGAAGAACAAUAAGACGAUCAUCUACCGCAUGCUGGACGUGGCCAACCAGGUGGACUGGUUCUACCGUCCUCUGAAUGUCCGCGUGGCGUUGACCGGUCUGGAGAUCUGGAGCGACCGGGAUAAGAUCCGGGUGGAGAAGAGUCCCACCGACACCCUCAACAACUUUCUGGAGUGGAGAACCAGAGAGCUGCUGCCCCGCCUUCACCAUGACAACGCCCAGCUGGUCAUGGGCGGCUCUUUUGAUGGCACCACGGUGGGGAUGGCGUCCCAGUCGUCCAUGUGCUCCAGAGACCGCUCGGGCGGAGUCAAUGUGGACCACCUGGUCAGUGUGUUGGGCGUCGCCUCCACUGUCGCUCAUGAGCUCGGUCACAACCUGGGGAUGAGUCAUGACACGGCCGACCGCCGCUGCUCUUGUCAGAAUGAACCGCGGCUCGGAGGAUGCAUCAUGGAGCCCUCAACCGGGUUCAUGCCGGGUCAGCAGUUCAGCAGCUGCAGCGCUGCAGAUCUGUCCGUCAGCCUGCUGCACGGCGGCGGGAUGUGUCUGUUCAACGUCCCGCAGCCGGACCGCCUGCUGGGAGGACCUCGCUGUGGAAACCUGUACGUGGAGAAAGGAGAGGAGUGUGACUGCGGCCUGCUGGAGGAGUGUGAGGACCCCUGCUGUAACGCCUCCACCUGUCAGCUUGUUCCUGGAGCUCAGUGCUCGUCUGACGGUAUCUGCUGCCAAGACUGCAAGCUGCGUGCGGCGGGCUCCGUGUGUCGCGAGCCGCUCGGAGAGUGCGACCUCCCUGAGUUCUGCACCGGUUCCUCCCCGUACUGCCCGCCCAACGUCUUCCUGCAGAACGGAGAAACCUGCGAGGACAAAACCUCCUUCUGCUACGGAGGCGUGUGUGCCAGCAUGCAGACCCAGUGCCAGAUGCUGUGGGGACCCAAUGCCACCAGCGCUCCGGCCGUCUGUUUCUCAUCAGUCAACAAGCAGGGAAACAAAUAUGGAAACUGUGGUCAGCUGACCAACGGCUCCUACGUCCCCUGUGCAAACUCUGACGUUCACUGCGGCAGGAUCCAGUGUCAGGGCGGGAGGGAGCGCCCCCUGCUGGGUACCAACGCUGAGAUCCUCACCACCAAAGUCCGCCUCAACAGCAGCGACCUGGUCUGCAGGGGAACCUUCUUCCACCUGGGAGACGACGUGUCCGACCCGGCCACUGUGGCCCAGGGAACCGCCUGCGGCCCCGGCAAGGCGUGUUUGAACCAGAAGUGUCAGGACGUGUCGGUGUUCGCUGUGGAUGAAUGCCGCAGGAAGUGUAACGGUCACGGGGUGUGUAACAGUAAUAAGAACUGUCACUGUGAAGCGGGCUGGGCUCCACCUGACUGCAGGUACUCGGGUCAUGGUGGCAGCGUGGACAGCGGGCCGGCCACGACCGCUCCAGAGUCCGACCCGGUCCGAGUGGCUCUGCUCGUCAUCUUCCUCUUCAUCCUGCCUGUCGUCCUCCUCUUCCUCGCUCUGCGCUUCCCUCGUUUCCGUCGCAGUCUCUUCUGUCUGGGACCCAACAGCCCGUUACACAAAGCUCGCCAACACAACCGAACGCCAGUGAUGGAGCGGGUGGACGGCAGGAACGGAGAGCAGGUCCGACCUCUGAGAUACCACCUGAACCCUCCUGCUGACAUCCCGCUGACCCCGCCCCACAAAGAGGUUCAUGACAGACCUGCUCCUCCCACUAAGCCACUCCCCCCUGACCCCGCCCUAAAACCCCCACCGCAGCAAAAAUCUGCUAAACCACGACCAGCUCCCCCCAGCAAGGCUCUGCCCCCCGACCCCUACAGCCAGCUGCAGGUGAGUCGGCCAGCGCCACCCAACAAGCCCCUCCCCCCCGACCCCGUCUCACCUGGACAGGUCCCUGUUCCACCCAAACCUGUGGUGCCUGUUAAGCCCCGCCUACUGGCCCCAGUGCCCCACCCCCAUGUGCCCCCCCACCCCACCUACACCCCCCACCCCAAACCUCCACCACAUGGAGCCGUCGCACCUGCAGCUGGUCCCAACAGGCGUCCUCCGGUUCCUCCGGUUCCUCCGGUUCCUCCGGUUCCUCCCGCUCGACCCACGAACCCUCAGAAAGUGGACUCGUCUCCUCUUUAACCUCGGCCCGGCCCGGAGGCUGCAGAGGGACUUGAUGAAGAUGAUGAUGACUGUGAUCCAGUUUGCACUCAGUCGUCGGAUUUCUCUCUGCUGAACUGUAAAUAAAUGUUGAUGUGUGUCCAAAGCUCAGUGCCUUGCUCAGCAGCACGCCAGCAGUGACGAUGUGGACUCUGACCGACGGCUGCCGCAGAUGAUGUCACAUUAAAGUGUCUUGGUGAUAAAGCGCCCCCUGGAGCCACCGGCUCCUGUGCCUUGCUCAAGGACCCUGAAACGGGAAUCAAACCUGUGUGUCUGAAUGUAGGGAUAGUUAGCAGAGCGGCUCCCAGACGGGUGGCGGGACGCCUGCAGGACGCCGAGCUGCGUCCUCGGAAGGUUUUCUAAUUGUUUUUCAGCUGAAAAUAUGAAGAAUCGUCUUCAGUCUGCAGACGAGACGUCUCAGGUGGAUUCUAACUGGACUCUGUCGCCAUGAAGUUGGACUGAGCCUUCUUCUACUGGACUCAGUAUUUAUUCUUCAGAUGCUAUAAAAUCACAAACUCGUGGUUACCAGAGGUGGACAGUGGAGGUUCUGAAGAACUGAAGGUUCUGAUGGACAGAUGACCCGCGCUGCCAUGGACGAUGUGUCAAUCUGAGAUUUUAAGAAUGAAGUAAAAGAAUUUGAGACAAAAGUCGUAAAUCUGGAGAAAAAGAGCAGUAAUAUAACUUUCGGAGAAUAAUGUCAAAAUAUUUGAACAAAAUUCCUGAAAUAUUAAAACUGGUUUUCAAAGUGUCUCGACUUCAGCUGAAGACGUUUCCACACAGUUCUCGUUCCUCUGAAUGUUCUCGUCAUGUUUCACAACUGAACUCUUGAAAUGUUUCAGCUUUCUAACAGAAUAGUUGGAUUUGAUUCUUCAGUCUCAGAAACACUCUGUCAUGUCUUUGACCUAUAAACUGUCAGGAUUGUCCACAGACGUCUUGCACCGGACCUCUGGACACCUGAACACAGGUGUUGUUUGUCUGUGGUCGGGCUGUUGAGGCCUAACAGGAGGACUGGUUCUGUCCCAGUAACUCUGUGCUGGAUCAAGUUUCUAUUUUUAUAAACCGCCUUGAGACUUGUUUGGGAGAGAAUCAGGAAGGUGAUGAAUGUUACUAAAGUUACGCCAAAGACGAGCCGUGUUACAUGUUACACGUUUAAACACAAGAUCUGAAAUAAAAGAUGUAAAUUGUUGCUA